GGCGGGCUAGUGGAGGCGGGGUGAAGAUGGCGGCGCCUUUGAGGAUUCAGAGCGACUGGGCCCAAGCCCUCAGGAAGGAUGAAGGGGAGGCCUGGCUGAGCUGUCACCCCCCAGGGAAACCAACUUUGUAUGGCACUCUGACUUGUCAAGGAAUUGGCCAAGAUGGCAUCCCAGAGGUUACAGCUUCAGAAGGAUUUAUUGUGAAUGAAAUAAACAAGAAAAGCCUUCAUAUUUCAUGUCCAAAGGAAAAUGCAUCUUCGAAGUUUUUGGCACCAUUCACUACUUUUCCCAGAAUUCAUGCGAAGAGUGUAACAUGCCUGGACAUUUCUAGUGGAGGAGGCCUUGGUGUAUCUUCUAGUACUGAUGGGAGCAUGAAGAUCUGGCAAGCUUCCAAUGGAGAGCUCAGAAGAGUAUUGGAAGGACAUGUGUUUGAUGUGAAUUGUUGCAGGUUUUUCCCAUCAGGCCUUGUGGUUCUGAGUGGGGGUAUGGAUGCCCAACUGAAGAUCUGGUCAGCUGAAGAUGCUAGCUGCGUGGUGACCUUCAAAGGUCACAAAGGAGGUGUCCUGGAUACAGCCAUUGUUGAUCGGGGGAGGAAUGUGGUAUCUUGUUCUCGAGAUGGGACAGCACGACUUUGGGAUUGUGGGCGUUCAGCCUGCCUGGGAGUCAUUGCAGACUGUGGUUCUUCCAUCAAUGGAGUGGCUGUGGGUGCUGCUGACAACUCCAUAAACCUUGGCUCCCCUGAGCAGAUACCCAGUGAACGGGAGGUUGGAACAGAGUCGAAAAUGCUGCUGUUGGCCCGGGAAGAUAAGAAACUUCAGUGCUUGGGACUACAGAGCAGGCAGCCGGUCUUCCUCUUUAUUGGCUCAGAUGCCUUCAACUGCUGUACUUUUCUCUCUGGCUUCGUGCUAUUGGCUGGGACACAAGAUGGAAAUAUUUAUCAACUGGAUGUGAGGAGUCCAAGGGUUCCAGUACAAGUCAUGCACAGAUCAGGAGCACCAGUUCUGUCCCUGCUGAGUUUCAGAGACGGAUUCAUUGCUAGCCAAGGUGAUGGAAGCUGUUUCAUUGUCCAGCAAGACUUAGACUAUGUCAUUGAGCUCACCGGGGCUGACUGUGACCCUGUGUACAAGGUAGCCACAUGGGAGAAGCAGAUCUACACAUGCUGUCGAGAUGGUCUUGUGCGACGCUAUCAGCUCUGUGACCUCUGACCCCUUAGAAAGAGGAGUCUCAGUUAUUGAAAAAGAUUGACCGUGACCAACAAUGAGCAGAAACAUCAUCAGUCCUUCCCAAGGAUCAUGGCCCUUUGUUGUCUUGGGCACCCUUUGGAAGUCACAGAAAGUCAGCUACAUUGGCUCAGGUGGAACCGUCAUUCCAUGACAAGACCUACUUUGAACUGAGUAAGAAGCUCACAUGUGCCCACUACAUUUGCCCCAACUUCUUGUGUAAACUCACCCCAGUCACACAGGGCAAGGAUAUGGAUGCUUACAGUUUGAUCUCACACCAGUUGUGUUAAAUGUUUACAAGGACCAGAGGACCAAACCUGUUCUCUGAAGGAAAUAAAGAGAAUAUGUUUGGAGGAGUCUGAAUUUGAAAAACUUUGUUAAAUACUCUUACUCCAACAAAAAGUCAAUUAAGCUGAUGGAACUCCUUUCUUAGGCACUUUCUGUUUGCUUGGCCAUAGGGAAGGACUGCUUGAGAGUAGCAGUAAAUAUCCCAUAAGCAGCAACCUGGGAAAGAUACUUAUACAGGUAGGGUAACCAACCAGUUUUCCCCGGGCUGAAGGGUUUUCUGUUACAUGGGACUUUUAGUCCCAGGCAAACCGACAUGGUUGGUCAGCCUAUAUACAUGGAAUAUAGUUGAAUCAUAUCAUUGUAAAGGCAGUGGCUGUCAAAGUGUGGUCCCUGGAACAACUGCAUCAGUAUCACCCAGAAACUUGUUAGGAAUAGAGAUUCUUGGGUCCCACCUCAGACCUAAAUCAGAAAUUCUAUGGGUGGAGCCCACAAUCAGUAUUUUAAGAAGUCUUCCAGGUGAUUCUGAUGCACACUAAAGUUUGAGACCUAGAGGAAGAGAUGGUGAAGAGCACUUUAGUCAUAGAUGGAACCCAGGCCUAAUAGGAUGGUGAGGCUGGUCUAUAGGAGAUGAGGCUGGAGAGGUUGUCAGGGUCCAAAUAGUGUAGGGGCUUGAAUGCCAGGUCAGGAGCUUGAACUUCACUUGGUUGGCAGUGGGAACCACUGAAUCGUUUUAAGUAAGGGUGUGACAUGGUCACUUCUUUUCCCCCUAAGCAUAAAAAUGGAAUCAUUAUGUAUGUAUUCCAUGCUUUAUUUACAUUUAGUAUCUGAGUUCUUUCCAUCUCAGACAUUUUUCAUUCUUUUUAGCAGUUUCCAGAGUAUGAAUACCAUAUCAUUUACAUUUUAGAGAUUAUUAGAGAAAAGAUUUCUUGGAGGAUGCGGCACUUGAGCUGAGCCAUGUGGGCUAAGAUCCAGAUUUAUUUAAGAGAAGAAGGUAAUUCCUGGCUGGGGUAAUAGGAUGAUUCACAGAGUUCUUAAAGGUAUAUUCUCAUGUCAUCCUUGUAACUACACUGUGACAUGCAGAUAGUGAGACAAAGAGAUGAAGUGAUUUGCCAAGGGUCAUAGAGAGCAGAAACUUGAACACGGUUUAUCUUAACUUUAAAUCCCAUUUUUUUCUACCUGUUGCUUAUGCCUAAACCAAAUUGUGAAAAUAAAGCACUGUAAUUCAUUGAGUA